AUGCCAAAUAUCAAUUCCACAUGUGAAACUACUUCCAAGACUAAUUUUCUUGGAAUUGAACAGAAUGAGACAGCCCUACUAGCUUGGCUCCAAGCCGAGGGAUGUGACAUGCUUCCAGACUCUCUCUUGACCACAGCUUCCAUACUAUCUGGAUGGGUCAACACUCAUGAUAUCACAGCUCUCCUUGACAUGAGCCUAAGAGAGAUCACAAUGCAGACACAGCUUCAGCAAGAGGAAGAUAUGAGUUACACAGGAUUCCAUUCGCAGGGGGCAUGUUUGAAGGAAGACAGGAUGCAUCGAGCUCAGAUGGAAAUUUCAUUAUUUAGUAAUGCUAUUGCAAACUUGUGUGAAUACCUGGAAACUAGAAAUUACCCAAUUAGCACACAGAAGCCCCCAGUGAACACUAUUGCAUAUGCAGAGGCAUCCCCAGAGCUCAACCCGGUUGAUUCCAAUGCAACUGGAACACUUGGUUCCCUGAAAACAGCAGAAAUUUCUCCCAGAGGUUCUGACACUAGGCAGUCUAACGAUCAAUUUCUUUCCCUCCCUCGCUCAUUGAAAGCUUGGGUUGACAAUGUCACCUAUCAUGCAUACAUGAAUGCGACCUUUGCAGAAGCCAAGCCCCUUUACAUUCACGACAAUGAUAGCUUCAAAGCAAAGGAGCAGAAAACCCAUGAGGUUCUUAAGUCCGAUAUCUAUAUUCUGGGCCUAAAGAAGCAAUGCACGCAAUCUGAAGUGGACAUGCUUUCCGAAGCCAUAUCACACAUUUCUGAGUUUGGUGAUGACGCUACAUCUUCUGUAAGCGCUGUGACACAUGCAUCACUUUUGCCUGACGACUAUAUCGAAGAUCAGUUUGACGAUUGGGUGUCGACCUCGUAUGGCUCUUCCGAUAUUGAAUUUUUGUGA